AUGGAGAAGGCAGGGAAGAGAGUGUUGCUGACCUCAAACGGCGACGACGUUUCGCAAGGCAUCGCUUUCCAUCUAGCCAGGCAAGGGUGCAGGUUGGUUUUGCUGGGAGAUGAGAGUUGCUUGCGGAUCAUCGCGCACAAAAUCAUGGAUUCCCUCUCCAUCACCGACAGAGGCACUGUGCAGGUCGUUGAAUUGGACAUGGAAGAUCAAAGCGAAGAGGUUUUCCAUCACUCUGUCGAUAAGGCAUGCCAGAUUUUGGGGAAAUUGGAUGCUUUUGUCAACUGUUACAGUUACGAAGGAAAAAUGCAGGAGCAUAUUGAGUUAGAUGAGAGUGAGUUUAAGAAAAUAGUGAAGAUAAAUUUUAUGGCUACAUGGUUCUUGUUAAAAGCUGUUGGCCGAAGGAUGCGGGAUUCCAACACUGGGGGCUCUAUUGUCUUUUUAACCUCCAUUCUUGGCGCUGAAAGAGGGUUGUAUCCAGGAGCUGCUGCAUAUGCCUCUGCCUUGGCGGGAGUACAGCAAUUAGUUAGGGCUUCGGCUUUAGAGAUAGGGAAGUACCAGAUCAGAGUUAAUGCUAUUGCCCGAGGCUUGCACCUGCAAGAUGAAUUCCCAUUAUCCGUGGGAAGGGAAAGAGCAGAGAAAUUGGUGAAGGAGGCAGCACCACUUGAGAGAUGGCUUGAUGUUAAGAAUGAUCUGGCGUCUACAGUUAUCUAUCUAAUCAGUGAUGGAUCUUGCUACAUGACUGGAACAACCAUAUAUGUAGAUGGGGCACAGUCUAUAACCAGACCUCGCAUGCGCUCCUUUAUGUGA